AUGCUUCGAAACGUCAGGCAACCCAGGCCCAAGAAGCCUGUGAUGCUCAUGCUUCACGGCUCCGGCAGCUUGUCAGCCAUCUUUCGCUUUCAGACCCACGGAUUGGCCAGGGAGCUUUCGAAGAGCUUCGACCUCGUCUUCCUCGAUGGCCCCACGCCAAGCCCACCGGGCCCGGAGCUGUUCGACGUCGCCCGUUACAUUCAGACGCAGCUGGUCGACCAGGGCGUCAAGGCAGGCGACGUUGUAGCCAUCCUCGGCUUCAGUCAGGGCGCGCUCACGGCCAUGGCGAUGCUUGACCUUCGGCUGGCCCAGCAAUCGGCGUGGCAGAACCUGCGCUUCUGCGUGACCAUAGGCGCCGGCACAACUGAUGAUUCGGCCCAGCUGGAUGGCAUUGAAUCUAUGAUCAGCACCCUCUCGCACAUGCUCGGCCAACCGGAUGGGAAGUUCCCCUUGUACAGCGUGCAGGCUUCGGGUACGAGGGAUGUGUGGUACAAAGAUGGCAAAAGACUUGCCAGCAUGUGUGCCAAGGACCGAACCAAGACGAUGGACUACCGAGAUGGACACGUGGUGCCCCGUCAAAGGGCCGAUAUCAUGAAGUUGGUGCAUCUGAUCACUGCUAUCGACACGGAUAGCAAGGCCGUCCAGGAUGUCUCAGAGGCCGUCCAACCAUUGGAAGCCCGUUCUGUGCCAACAAUACUCGCUGGAGAAGACACAACACGGGGCAUGGCUGUAUUAGCAGACAGGGGAAUCAGAAUAUAG